AUGCGUGAGUCUGGAUCGCUCAAUGCUGAUCUCACCGCACUAUUGAGUGAGCAGAGAGUGAUUGGAUUUCGAGUCAAGGCAAGCGAGGAAGAAGAAGAAGUGGAGAAAGGGCUGUUGGCUAUGUCAUCUCAUGGUGCUGCCCCCAUGUUAGCCCCCAUCCUCCGUGCAAGAUUAUAA